AUGGCGUUCUUUGGAGUUUUAAAGGAUAGAGCGUUUAAUGUACUUAAUCAAGUCAUAUCGGAAAACAAGCAUGGGUCUGAAAAUUUGAGUAAAGAGCAGAAGUUUUGCCAGAAAUUCAAUAUUCCCGACGAUGAAAGAGUCAUUAUAGAGGCAGAUGUUAUUCUUGAAGUCUCCAGCUUUCAACCCGACGACGAGGCGAUAGCCGCAGCACGAGCGAAAGGAGGUAAUUUGGGCUCAGCAAGUAAAUCAAGUAGAAGAAAAAUAACGAGCCAUACACGCUCUCAGGGUACAUUGUACUUGACCCAACACUUUCUUCUAUACGCCGAUUCACGCGAUUCCCGUCAUUGUUCGUUUUCACUACAAUUAUCUAUUGUAAAGAAAUUGGAAAGAGAGACUUCGGCAUAUGAUAAUAGACUCUUGAUAUCGUUGAGCACAACGAGCCGGUUGCUUUUACGCAUUUCGUUUGAUGGAUUGAGAUCUGAUAAUGAACGAUUUGCCUCAGAUUUAUCCAUGGCCUUAAAAAAUAACCAUCCAAAUAUAAAAAAACUUGCCAAGUUUGUUCAAGCAAGCUAUUCAGAGUACCUCUUGUCCAAGAAUCACAUGUCAAGCACAAAAAUAGAGCACGUACCACCAGGUGGCUUGGGGUUGGUUUUUAAGUUUCCGGGAAACCCGAAGGAAUCGAGAGACAAAACCAAGUUGAAGUUUUGGUUUGAUCUCUUUAUCGAAAAUGGAAGAAAUUUGUCGUUGAUCAAAACAGAAAUGUUCUACAAACUAAUUAGAGUGGGGCUUCCAAAUAGAAUGCGUGGUGAAAUUUGGGAGCUUUGUUGUGGAUCGAUGUACUUGAGGUUGGAAAAUGAAAACUUUUACGAGAAGAUAUUGGAAAGUAAUAGUGGCAAAUCAUCGUUUGCAAUUGAGGAAAUUGAAAAGGAUUUGAAUAGAUCAUUACCGGAAUAUGCAGCUUACCAGUCAGAGGAAGGGAUUGGCCGGCUUCGCAGAGUUUUGACUGCAUACCUGUGGAAAAACCCCGAGAUUGGGUAUUGUCAGGCAAUGAACAUUGUGGUUGCUGCGCUCUUGAUUUAUAUGUCCGAGGAGCAAGCAUUUUGGUGUUUGAAUGUUUUGUGUGACAGAUUAGUACCUGGAUACUAUUCAAAGACAAUGUACGGAACACUUUUGGAUCAAAAAGUUUUCGAGUCUUUAGUGCAAAAAACUAUGCCAAUGCUUUGGGACCACAUUGUUAAAAAUGACAUUCAAGUGUCUGUUGUUACUUUGCCGUGGUUUUUGUCUUUGUAUUUAUCAUCAAUGCCAUUGGUUUAUGCUUUUAGAAUUUUGGAUAUUUUCUUUAUGCAGGGCCCAAGAACUUUGUUCCAAGUUGCUUUAGCAGUGUUUAAAAUCAAUGGUGAAGCUUUACUCAAGUCUGAGGAUGAUGCUUCAUUCAUUUCUAUCAUUAAACUGUAUUUUGGUUCCUUGGAUACUUCAGCACACCCUUCAUCACCUCAAUUGAAAUACCGUAAUAUCACCAAAUUCCAAGAAUUACUUGCAGUAGCUUUUAGAGAGUUUUCAGUUGUCGAUGAGGAGAUGAUCAAUACACAUAGAAACAGACAUAGGGGUACCAUCUAUCAAAAUAUCUCAACAUUUGUCAAGCGAACUGAGAUUAGAAACUUGCCCAAAACCCCCAACAUCUCUCUGGAAAACUUGGACCUGCUAUACGACCGAUUUUACUCCCUGGUGGAGCAAUCGAGGAUAACCGAAGGUUCAGGCUCUAGUACCAUUGACUUUAAAGCCUUCCAAGACUUGAUGUCAGACUUGUGCGAUUGGGUUGGAUUCCAAGACGAAAAGUAUGAACAAAUUGAACAAUCGUUUCUCCAUAGGUUGUUCCAGAAGUGGGACUUGGAAAACAACGAAGUAUUAACAUUCAAAAAUUUGGUGAUGGGAAUCAACUCUUUGGUGGAGCCUGAUCUCAUGACGUCGAUGUCUAAUUUCUUUGCCCUUUAUCAAGACCAGCAUGGCAAGCUUGGUAACGAUGGAAUAUUGAAGCUAUCUGAAGAUCUUCUUUACAUUACAAAUCCUUGGAAACUGGGUGCUUACGUGGACGGUAUCACACAACAAAUCAUUCAACGAGAGGUUGCUGCAGCUGUGAUUCGCGAACAAGAAGAACGCAAGAAAAAUGAGGAUUCGGAGAACAGCUCCGUUGAUGCUGAUAACCAACCUCAAGUCCAUAUUGACGAGGAAAGGUUUUUGGGCCAACAAACAGAGAGGUAUUUGCAAUCCGCCAGUAUGUUUAUCAAAAGAGCAUUUGAAUAUGCUCAACCUAAUGAAGAGGAGUUGCUCAUUGAAGACUUAAAGUUGAGCUCAGAUAUCUCACACAAUGCCGCGUUGGAUCCUUCGCAUCCUGUUUUUCUCAAUUUGCCAACGUUUCGUAUGGUAAUCUUGGCCGAUGAAACGUAUGAACUCUUGUUUACGAACACAUUAAGGGAAUCGAUUCAUCUCGAUAAACCUUUGAGCAACACAUCCAACCCAAUCAGGAAUUUGAGAGACAUGUUUGAUGGUUUACUCAAUGACGGAGUGCGAGUUGCCAAUAGAGUCCGACAGAGGAUGGAUUCCAAGGCAUCUCAAGCCAGCGGUAGUGGUGCUUCUUCAAGUAAUUCUUCAGCACGGUCCACAAAAGCCUCGAAUGCAACUGGUCCGUCCGCACAAGAUGCAGAAGACGAGGAAGAUGAAGAAGAUUUUAGGAAAGUGGUCAUUGACGAGAAGGACAAGGACUUUUUAUUAUCUUCAGAGAGUGCAACGGGUCCAGAGCUGCCUUCUUCUAGCCAAGCGAUGCAAAGCAGCACUAGCAAUACAAGUGACGGCGAAGCCAAGCCAAAGAAGUCUACGAAUGAACUUAAUUUAAUAGAAUUCUAG